AUGAGUACCCCGGAAAAUACCAACAAUCCAGGAACGAAAACAUGGGUUACAUUCGACGAAGAUUCACCCGAGGGAAAGGCUCCGAAAGAAAGUCAAGAAAAUAGUUCGGCCAUAAUAAAACCGGAAUCAACUCAAAUCAAUAUAGAAAAUGGUAAACCCGAUGGAGAAGGAAAUGGCGAAGAAUCGGCCGGAAAUAAAACGGCAGCCGUUAUAACUCCAGAAUCCGUCCAUAUAAACGUUGGUAGAACGAGCAUGAACAGAUCCGUCCAAUUAGAAUCUCAAAACAAUCCAUCGACCAAUUCGAAAAUUCCCGAUUCAUCCAAAUCGGGAUUGAAAAAUGUAGAUUUAAGAGAAAAUGUCAACGGGAAUUCGGUGGGAAAUUCCAGGAUUUCAAAUAUUGGAAACGCCGUCAUCAGACAAGGAUUCGCAAAUGGCGACAUUAUAGUUACUCUCCUUCCGGUUAACACAAGAUGGCCAUGGAUUACUCCGGCACAAUUCCGUCCAGAAUUAGUUCCUGAAGAGUUAAUGGCUCAGAGUCUCACCCUCACAAUUGAAGAUUACGUCAGCGUCAUGGAACUUCUUACAAAUGACCUCAGGUUCAACAUGUAUAACAUUUGCUACAAGAGAAUUUUGGUCUUGUGGAUAUUCACCGCUUUCAUGGUUCUUUUGGGCUUGUUAUUUUCCGGUAUUACGGGCCUCACACUCUUCGGUUUGGGUGUCAUGUGGCUCAUACUGAACGCGGCCGCCAUUUUUUUAUGCAUGUGGAUAAAAAUAAAGCUCAAUCACAAUUUAGAAAAGUGCCUUGGACAAGUAAAUAAACAUUUACUUAAACAUAAAAUUAUACUCGGGCUGGACGACAGAGGAAAAAUAUCUUGUCAUAAAGUUAAUUUAUGUUUUAUUUAUUUUAAUACGGCCGAUUGCAUUAAAAAAUUGGAAGAGGUCAUCGAGAAAGAAGAAAGAGAAGGUCGUCCCGUCAACAGUAACCAAUCGGAUAAAGAACGUAAAAGACAAUUUCAGCAAAGGAUGGACAUCGAGGACAAUGAUAUUAUAGUACAGGGAGCAAAUACUACGAGAUUGCCUAGAAAACGGGGAAAGGGAGAGCAAGUUUUGACUAGAUAUUUACAACGUUGGAGUAAAGAUUUUCUCAGACGUCGAUUAGAUUGGACCGUUGAUGAAGCUGGUGGUAACCCUGUCGAUCCUCGUCAUUUAGCAUCAGCUCUAUGUCCGUGCCAAUAUGUUGAAGAAUAUCUUCGAAACAAACCACAUUCCGACCGGAGGGCAUUUUGCCCUUGUUUUAGUUCGUGGCUCGUCGAAAGAGGACUCGAUUAA